CUCUCCGGUUUCCCAUUCCCUCAAGAACAAAGAAGAAGGAGGGGCAGAAACAAGCAAUUGAAAACAAACAGAACCCAAACAUCUUAUUAAUCCUGGUUUUGUUUGCUUUUUUUGUGUGUCUUCUGGAAACAGCUCGCACAGCACAGAAAUAGUGAAGUCAAAUCUUCUCCUUCACAGUAUUAAAUGGAGCUCAUCCCGAUCCACCCAACUUCCACCUACGACCUGGUCUCUCUCUCUCUAAGUCUCCAUUAGAUUAUGAUUAUUAAUUAGUAAUUAAAGGGUUGUGAUAGCGAAGUGAUAAGGGUCUUUAAUUAAUAUUUUCUUCUUCUUCUUCUUCUCUUUCUUUCUUUGGGGAUGUUCAAUGCCACUCCUAUAUAGCUGGGGGAAGUUAAUGGAGAUGAUUUCCCAAUCCAAACCCCAGCCACUGCAGCUCACAGCUUAGCCUUGGGGAGCGUUUGAGCCCCUCCUAUUUUUAGUCUCGAGUUGCUAAAAAAAAACAAAAAGCCUCCUCCUUUCCUUCUCAAGUCUUCCCUAAUGGCGGCUGCAGUGGCGGAGCAGCAGGAAUGGCGAGUUGAGGAAGAGGAAGAAGAGGAGCCCUUGAUAGGAAGGCAGAAUCAGAACCACAAGACACCUGCAACCUAUGCAGAAGCAGCAGUCAUAGGUGCUUCCAACGGCACUAAUGGCCAUGGCAGCUUGCAGGAAACUCUCUCUUCCGCGGUACCAGUUGCAGAGGAACAAGCACAAAUAGCAGGAGGCAACUUCCCGAUUGCAAAUUACGGUUUGUCUGAGGCUAAGGACACAAGUGGAGAAUCCGGAACAGUGUUCAUAUCCAAGACCCUAUUGGUGGAGAAGAACGAGGGUGUUACUGCUUCUUCUUCUUCAUCUUCAUCUUCAUCUUCAGCUACAUCUUCUGUAGUUGAGAAUGGAAGCAGCAGCGUCAUCAUCGGAGGAACGAAGAAUGAAGUGACAGAAGUGAUACUGGAGAAUGUUUACCAGAAGCAUGCCACCCAAGAAUUCUUCUGUCCUAACUGCCAAGCUUGCAUCAAGAAGGUCAUUCUUCAAGGAGCUGAUAAUGAUGCUAGGCAGCCUGCAACUCCCCCUCCACCACCUGUUCAUAGUACCUUCCGGUGCACAUCCUGCUUCAGUUUCCUCAUUCCCGUAGGCAACUGGAUCUUUGGCAGUAGAGGACAGGAUGAUGAUUAUGAGGACAUAACUGAUCAAGUUGAUGUCCAUGUUCCCCAAGGAACACCAAGCGCUCCUCCAGCCGCAACAAAUGCUCCCUCGGGUGAACAAGUAGUUGUUGACCAAGGCAAAGUUCCAACUGCUGGUCCGCCAACUGCAGCACCAGUUAGUGAGCAAGGUAAAGCUCCACAAAGUGGAUCAAAACCUGAAAAGCAGCCAGCCACCACAGAAGGAGCCGGGCAGAAAGAGGAUGGCGGGCAUGUUUCAGUAACAAGUAGAGACCCACCAACUAUUGGGUUCCCUGCUGGUGGUUGGGGAGACUGGAGAAACAAAGUGCCGCCUCCGAGUCAGCCUGAACAAGAAGACUCUGGAAAGGUUAAUGUGAUUGUUGAUGAUGGUAAUGCUUCCGUCAAUGUGACGAUCGAUGACAAGAACAAAGGUUAACCGACCCCCUCACUCUCCGGUUCAUUGAAUCGAAUGCCCAUCCACAUAGUUGAUCUUGAUCGCCAAAUUCUUUACAUGUGUGCAGGAGGAAGGAAAGGCAUCCUUGGUAUUUUCUUCAACAAACUACCGGUAAUUGGAGCCCAACAGGUAGGGAACAUGGACAAUGGAAUUGCAACUGGCCUUCUAGAUGCUCAGGGUCCUGAAACUAAACUUCCUGUCUCAACCACAGAUGAGGCACCAGCACCAGUUCCUUGGAGACCAGAUGUCGUUGUUUCAGUCGAGCCGUCCACGAUCCCACCACCAGGAAGAGUUGCUAGUGGUAGGCAAUGGGACAUCCUGAAGAGCAUUGUAUAUGGUGGUUUGGCUGAGUUAAUCACAAGUCUCAGCAUUGUCACUGCUGCUGCUAGUGCUGAUACUGAUACAUUGAAGAUCAUGGCCAUUGGAAUAGCCAACCUCAUUGGUGGACUGUCCCUCCUUGCAACCAAUAUAAGCGACCUUAAAUGCGAGCAGCCAAGGAGGUUCAUUGUCUCCCCCGAGACACAGGAGGAAGCAGAAGUGGAUCGAUACUGCGACCUCCUCGGGCAGAGAAGCAACUUCAAGCGCCAUGCUUUCUUUGCAGUGCUGUCAUUCCUUGUUUUCGGCCUUGUCCCUCCAGUCGUCUAUGGCUUCUCGUUCAAGGAGAGCGACAACAGAGACUACAAGAUCGCAGCAGCGGCCGCAGCAUCUAUCGUGUGUGUGGUACUGCUUGCCUUUGGGAAGGCUCAUGUGCAGAAGCCGCCCAAGACCCACUUCAAGACGGUGCUGUUCUAUCUCACAGUUGGUUUCAUGGUGUCGGGGGUUUCUUUCGCGGCAGGUAACCUGUUCAAGAAGGUUAUGGACGAUCUUGGGUGGUUUGAGCCAGUUGCAGAAGCUCCCCCUGCUGCUGCAGCUGCUAUUGCUGGGAUGGCAUCCGGGAUGCCUGCUUGGGGAUCCUAUUGAUCAGCUGGAUGAUCACAUCAGCGUACUGGAGUCGAUGUAGUAACGAGAUGAAGGAUUCCUUUGUCGUUGGCAGCAGUUUAAUUAAGGCGGAAUUGUGGGGUUUUUUGAAGAGCUGUAGUUGAUGAGGGUAAGUAGUGACAUGUUUGAUGUUUGUUUGAGCUUUUGAUGUCCUUAAAAACAUUUUCUGCUCCUGGUGUUUCCAGUUUUUGUGAGUUUGUGAAAGCAAAAACGACUUCCCAAAUUAUUUGUGUUACGGGUGUAGCCUAUUGGUUUUUGUUGUUGGUUCCUGCAGUAAAUCUCCAAUCUUCUUUGUCGUAUUCUGGUUGCGAAUUAAAUCGGUGAUUAAGGAAAAAGAGUUCAGGA